AUGCGUCUCAUCAAACAAUCAAUCGACCCCCGCACCACCGCCGGCAGCAUAACCCUCUACCCCGAAGACCCCGAAGACAUGUGGUUCACCUACAAUCUCCUCCGACCCGGCGAUCUCCUCCGCGCCAGCGCCCUCCGCCGCGUCACAACCGAAUCCACAACCGGCUCCACAUCCUCGCAACGCGUCCACAUGACCCUCCUGAUCCGCGUGACCGCUCUCGACUUUGACAUGCAAGCUUCCCAACUCCACGUCAGCGGGCGCAUCGCCGAGGAGACUAAACACACAAAGGUGGGACAAUUCCACACCCUAGAUUUAGAGCUGAACAGGAACUUCACGGUGGAGAAGAAGGAGGGGUGGGAUUCUGUGGCUAGGGCGCUGGUGAGUGAGGCGUGCGAUCCGGUCAAGUCGGCUGAGGUGUGGGUGGUCGUUAUGCAGGAGGGUCUGGCGAAUAUUGCGCUGCUUACGGGCCAGAGGACGGUGCAUAGGCAGAAAGUGGAGGUGGGCGUGCCGAAGAAGCGUGGGGUGGGAAGGCAGGGUGAUCAUGAUAAGGGGUUAGAGCGGUUUUAUGCGGUGACGAUGGAGACGCUGUUGAGACAGAUUGGGGAUCUGGGGCCGGAGGGAGGGCAGGUGAAGCCCGUGUUGUUGGCUAGUCCGGGGUUCACGGCGCAGGGGUUCUUGAAGUAUGUGAUGGAGACGGCGCAGAGGAAGGGGGAUAAGGCGUUGCUUGCUAGGAGGGAUAGCUUUGUGGUUGCCCAUUCGGCGAGUGGGUAUAUGCAUGCGCUGGAUGAGGUGUUGAAGAGUCCGGAGGUUUUAGCUAGGUUGAAGGAUACGAAGUAUGCGAGGGAGACGAAGGUGAUGGAUGAGUUCAAGACCCUGUUGAGGAAGGAUGAUGGGAGGGCUUGGUAUGGGCCGAGGGAGGUGGAGCAGGCUGUUGAGAAGGGUGCUGUGGGGAGAGGUGGCGGUGUGUUAUUGAUUAUUGAUGAUUUGUUUAGGGCGCAGGAUGUUGCGAAGAGGAAACGGUGGGUCGGGCUUGUGGAUAGGGUGAGGGAUGAUGAAGGGGGUGAGGUGAGGAUAUUGAGUGGGACGCAUGAUAGUGGGAAGCAAUUGGAGGCAUUGGGCGGCAUUGCUGCGAUACUAACAUUUCCACUCGAAGAUUUGGAUGAUGAUGCUGAAGAUGAAGGUGAGCAGUCGCUGUCUAAUGAUCAAAGCAUACCGCAAAUGCCAUGA